GGAUUUUAAGCUACAUAUAUAGGCAAAAACGUAUCCGAAAAUGAAGCAAUUGAACAAGGAAAAUAUGAUUUCGUUUUUGGAAGUCCUGAGGUUCUUGUCGGAGACACCAAAUGGAGAGAAAUAUUGAAAUCCGCCGUAUACCAGAAACAGAUGGCAUUGAUUGUGGUUGACGAGGCACACACAGUAGUACAAUGGGGAGAAAGUUAUGACACAGAGGAACCAUUUAGAGAAUGGUUUGCAAGAAUUGGUGAAUUGCGAUCUUUAUGUCCAAAUGCAUCAAUGGCUGCGUUGACCGCCACAUCAGGACCAAGCCAAAGGAGAAAAAUAAUGAAACUGUUGUGUUUCCGUGCACAUUCUGAAGUUAUUCUGGAUUCUCCAGAUCGCGUAAACAUUAAGAUUUCCUCAUUAUGUAUUCCCAAUAAAGACAAUUUGGAAAAAAGUGUUUACUUGGUUGAUAGACACUCUAAAAAGUCAAAUAGAAAAAGCUGACAGGCACAUAAUAUUUUGUGAAAGUAUAGCAGAGGUUUCAAAAAUCUAUGCAAUGUUCAUUAAACAAUUUGGUCAUAACAGCAAACUUUUUGAAAUGUUUCAUGGCAAAACAAAUGAAAAAGUAAAGGAAAAAACCCGAAAUGAUAUGACAGUUGACGGUGAUAUUCGUAUACUUAUUUGUACAAAUGCUGCAGGAAUGGGCGUUAAUUUCUUUGGGGUUCAUAACAUUAUGCAUUUGAAUUUGCCUCGGCUUAUUAAUACUUUUGUUCAGCAGAUGGGAAGAGCAGGCAGGGAUGGAGAAGUUUCUGAUGAACUAAUUAUGUAUAGGAAUCAUAAGAGUCACCUGAAGAAGGUUGAAAAUUACUUGAUUAGAAUGGUAAAAGAUGAUAGCAAGGGCAAACAUGAGUUACUUUGUGGUGCGUACUUGAUUUCUCACAAAAAAAUUGUUCCUUCUCACAAUUGCUGUGACACAUGUGCAAAACAAUGUUCUUGUGAGGAUGAACAAUGUCCACGCACACAUGCUGCUUUAACAGUAAUCAAUGACACAGAAUCAGAUUCAUUAGAGGAAGUAAUGCAAAGAUAUGUUUCUGAUAGUGAAAGACAACUGAUAAAUCAAAAACUGAUGUCAUAUAAAUACACAUUAAACUCAGCUUGCUCUGGAUUCAUUGUAGAUUCAAAUGUAGUGCAUGGACUAACUGAUGAAGUUGUGACAAACAUAGUGGCAAAUUGUAAUACAAUUUUUACUUGUGAAGACGUAAUGUGCAAGUUUUCAAUUUGGUCAUUUCAAACAGUUGUUGACAUCUGUAAUAUAAUAUGUGAUGUUCUUGGUGACAUGGAUAUGUAUAAUUUACUGGACUACACAGAGGAGGACUCCAAUUGAUAUUUGAAUAAAAUAAUAAAAGCAUCUUAAAAGCUGUACAUUGUAUGUAUACAAAAAAAAGAUGUGG